GGCAAACUGGUCUUCAUACACACACCCUGGAGUUUGGAUGUAAAGACAAAGAUGGUGACGGUUGCAGCUGGGGUAGGAGUUCUGCUCCUGGUUUUCAUUCUCUCCGUGUUGUUCCACACAACCUUAAAAAUGUACCAGAAGCGAGGCCAGCUACCUCCAGGACCCACACCCUGGUUCUUUCUGGGGAACAUUCUGCAGAAAGAUGUCCUGCCUCUUGGCCACAGCUAUGAAAAGCUCGUUAAGAAGUAUGGCCCCAUAUUCACUGUCUGGAUGGGACCAAAUCCCAUGGUUGUGCUCUGUGGAUACGAGGUGGUCAAAGAUGCUUUGGUGGAUCAUUCGGAGGAGUUUGGUGGGCGACCUGAUCUUCCCACCAAUGACCGAAUAACCAAGGGUCUGGGAAUCAUCAGCAGAGAUGAUAAUAAAUGGAGGGAACUGCGCAGGUUCACGCUCUCCACCCUGCGGGAUUUUGGGAUGGGAAAGAAAACAAUGUCCGAAAAGGUGCAAGAAGAGGCUCGCUUCCUGAUGGAGCAGUUUGCAGCCACAAAAGGGCAAGCAUUUAAUCCAACAAAAAAUAUGGCCAGCUCUGUUGCAAAUGUGAUCUGCUCUGUCAUUCUCGGGACUCGGUUUGACGACAAAGAUCCGACCUUCGUGCACUUCGUACACACCAUGGACAACUUCGUGCGCUUCUUUGAGUCUUUUGGGGCAACGGUAUAUGCCACCCUCCCAAAUAUAAUGUUUUACCUGCCUGGACCUCACAAAAAGGUAAUGGCUGACUGUGAGAAGCUUUGUGACUUCAUCCAUAAGGUAGUGGAGUCCCACAAGAAGACGCUGGACCCUCAGAAUCCCCGUGACUAUAUAGACUGCUUCCUUCUCAGAUCAGUUAAGGAACAAACCUCCAAUGUGGACAUGUUCACUGCUGAAGACCUGGUCAUGUCUGUGUUCAACCUUGCUACUGCUGGGACUGUGUCCACAAGCCAGGUCUUACUCUACAGCCUCCUGAUGAUGACCAGGUUCCCACAGGUUCAAGCAAAAGUCCAGCAGGAGAUUGAUGAUGUGGUGACUGGCAACCGUUAUCCUGGCAUGGAAGACCGGGUGAAGAUGCCCUACACCAAUGCAGUUAUCCAUGAGAUCCUUCGUUACCAGACAGGGAGUUCUGAAAACUUCCCACGUGCAAUGACUCGGCGUACAGAAUUCAGGGGCUAUACAUUACCACAGUUCACCGCUGUUUCCCCACUACUUUUAUCUGUUCUCUCUGACCCACUCUACUGGGAGACUCCUGACAAGUUUAAUCCAGGCCAUUUCCUGAAUGAGAAGGGCGAGUUCAGAAAGAGAGAUGCCUAUCUUCCUUUUUCAGCAGGGAAGCGGGCCUGCCCUGGGGAGGCCCUGGCUCGAAUGGAGCUCUUCCUAUUCUUCAGCACUCUGCUCCAGAACUUCACCUUCCAAGAGGCUGGAGUUUCUGAUGAGAGGCAUGUACAUUCUGUCUGGAAAGAGUUCAGGAAGACAGGGGUAUAUCCUUCAAUAAAAGCCAUUAAGCGUGAAAUCUGAUCUUGGGAUAACAAUUAAACACUGUGGAGAAUGUUGAGGGUAGUCAAAGCCACAAGAACAGAGAUCUUGCAGAUUCCUUCCUUCCCCAGCUCCUCAUCUUCAUCAAUUUGUCAAUGGCACUUCAACAAUCACCCAAACGUACCACGUGGUUAAGCACUGAAAUUGAAUUAAUGAUUUGAAAUUCCACAAAUGGCUUCACAAAACGUCACUCCUUUGGACCCCUUGCCCAUUUGUCUGUGUGAUAUUAAAAAUAUAGCAUUAUACGUGAUUUAAAUAAAGAUGAUUGCAU